AUGGGUAAAUUUUAAUUGAAAAAUGUUGGAUUCUUUGUCAAUAGUGCCAAUUUUUCUAAUUUUAAGCUUAGCAGUGAUUAAUAAACCUAAUCAAUUAAAGUAAAGACUCCUUCAUUCGAUAGAAUCCUUUUCGAACAAAGAUAUACCUUGUAACAUAAUUUCCUUUUAAAACUUGGAUAAUUUGAUUAAACAUACUUUUUCAACUUCGUAAAUAUUCUAACCAUAAUUGAUGAAAUCGAAGUUUAUUAAGAUAUCUUAAGAAUUGGCACAAAGUAUUAUGAACCAUUAAACUAUUAUCAGUCAAUAAAAUUUUUAGUAUUUUUUACUGAUUGCUUUGAUAAAACCACGCCUGAUUUACUUAAUUAAGCUGUCUCUAGGAAUUAUCUAGAGAUUGAUAUUGGCUCUAAUUACUUCAACCUUAUAAAUCAUUACUUGUCUACUGCUUACUAUUAUGAUUUAUACCCACAUCUAUUCAAAUUUUAUAAACUUCGAGAGAUGAAUUCUUAUAUCAAAUUACAAUCUAUCUUAUUGGCAAGAACUUCUAAUCUCAACAAUUAUUUUUUAGAAGAAACUGCAUCCGUCUAAUUUGUUAUUGGUUUUACUAUUAACAAUUCAACUCUGCAAUUCGCAGUUUCUGAUCUUCGCCUUCUGUUAUGGAAUCAAACUUACAAACUGUAUAAUAACAUGACUGUAGACAAUGAAACUCAAAGGUAAAUUAUGCAAAAAAGUUUGGACUUUUUGUAAGAUAAUAUGAAUGAAUUCUUUAAACAAAAUACUUACACUCUAAAAUCAAUACUUACAGAAGGAACUCACAUCUACGAAUUUCUGAGUAAGUUCAACGUCUCAGUUGCUGGUACUAGAUUCACAAUCGAUAUAAAUUAAGCAAGUAAAUAAGAUUUUAAAAAUGCUAUUGUUCAACCUAAUGAUCAAUAGCUAUUCGGUUCUAAUAUGUGA